AUGCGCAUCAAACAACGCGCCCGCACCUCCCCCUUCUCCUCCCCCGCCGGCACACUAAGCUGCCCAACGCUCCCUGAGACCGCCCGCCUCACCCUCACCCUCGAGAACACGCGUAUCAGCGCCGAGAACACACACCUCAGACAGCAGGUCGCGCGCCUCAGCGCCGAGAACACCCGGCUGACGGCGGAGAAAGAGGAGCUGGUGCAGUGCCGCAGUGGGCGCCGUGCAGCAGAGAAGGCAAGGCGGCGUGUUUUGCAGAAGCGGGGGGAGCUGGCGGAGCAGGAUGGGGGCGUGGCGGAGGACCUGGGGGUGUGGGAGCUGCAUGUGGAGGGGUGGGCGGAGGAGAAUGAGGAGCUGAAGAGGAAGGUGGCGCGCAUUGAAGAGGAGUUGGUGUGUCUGCGGGCGGCGGGGAGGGUUGCGACCGUGGUGGCGGAUGUAGAUGGACUCCGGGCUGCUCCGGGCCUGUUGGGUGCGGAUAGAGAGGGCGCGGGUGCGGGCGCGGGCGCGGGUGCGGCGAACGGGGAGGCGGGGGCGGAGAACGCGGGAUAUCGGUGGCUCAACUACGAAAGCGCGUCGCUAUCGAAAUACGUGGCUGAACUGAAGGGGAAGCUGAGGAGACAGACAUCCGAAGCCGGGGCGGCGAAGGAGAGCUUGUCGCAGAUGGCAAUCAGGCUGUUGGCCGCAAUGGACGGGCACGAUGCGGCAGACGCGGAGAAGAAGGACCAGCAGUCCAGGAACAUGGAGUUGGCUUCGGAGCUGGAAAGGACGAGGAAGGAGUUCACGUCGGAGCUGGCAACGGCGAGGAUGGAUAUCAAGUCCAAGGGUUACGAGAUUGCGAAUUUGAAGUCGAGGAACACGCAGCGCUCACAGCUGUUGAGGGCGGUGCAGGAUGAGCUCGAGAUGAGACGGCUGAAUGAUGAGGAGCUGAUGGAGGAGAAUGAAAGAAUGUUAUCAUUGCUGGCCAAGGCGAACGAGGCAAGUGAGGCCAACGAAGCAAAUAGAGCAAAUGGAGAAAACGAAAUAAAUGAGGGAAAGGAAUUAAACGAGGAAAAUGAAAUGAACGGGGGAAAUGACGUGGGAGAAGUAAAUGAGGUGAAUGAUGUGAAUGGUGUGAAUGGUGUGAAUGAAGGAUAUAAGCCAACUGAGAAAAACGAGGGGGAUUAG